AUGAAAAGUGGAAGAAUAACAGUGAGAAAUUUCAGAGAAACAUCUGCAAAAGCUAUGAUAAUUUUAGGAUCAGGAGGACAUACAGCAGAAAUGUUACGAAUUGUUAAACAUAUGAAUUAUGAAAAUUAUACACCUAGAAUAUAUGUUUGUGCUUCUACUGAUAAAAUUAGUAUAGAAAAAAUUACUAGAAGCAGAGAAGUUGGUCAGUCAUAUAUUUCUUCUGUAUGGACAACUGUUAUAGCAACAUUAGAAGCUGCAUCUCUUUUAUGGUUUGAAAAGCCAGAAUUACUUUUAUGUAAUGGUCCGGGGACUUGUGUUCCUUUGUGUAUUAUAGCAUUUGUAUUUAAGAUAUUCUAUGUUCUUAAUAUUACUACUGUGUUUAUAGAAAGUUUUUGUAGAGUUAAGACAUUUUCAUUAACAGGAAAAAUUUUAUAUUACUUGGUAGAUCAUGUAAUUGUACGAUGGCCAGGUUUAAAUAAAUCUUUGUAUGACAAAGUUUAUUCAUCAUAA